CGCCGGGAGGUCUCGGAAGGACGCGCGGAGGCCGCCGCGGGCGCAGCGGGCACGUCGGCCGGGCCGCCCCCGCGAGCCGGGCGCCGCCAUUCCGCUGCUCGGGGCGCCGCCGCCGCCGCCACCGCGCCCGGGGGCCAUGCUCCCGCCGCCCCCGCGCCAGCCGCCGCCCCAGGCGCGCGCGGUCCGCGGGGCGGUGCGCCUGCAGCGGGCCUUCCUGCGCGGCCCGCUGGGCGUGCUGCGGCUGCUCCAGCUGCUGGCCGGCGCCGCCUUCUGGAUCACCAUCGCCACGAGCCGGUACCAGGGCCCCGUGCACUUCGCGCUCUUCGUGUCGGUGCUCUUCUGGCUGCUGACCCUGGGCCUCUACUUCCUCACGCUGCUGGGCAAGCACGAGCUGGUGCCCGUGCUGGGCUCGCGCUGGCUCGUGGUCAACGUGGCGCACGACCUGCUGGCGGCCGCGCUCUACGGCGCCGCGACGGGCAUCAUGAUCUCCCAGACGCAGAGCCACAGCUACUGCAACCUCAAGGAUUACCAGAUGGCCUGCGCCUACCACGCCUUCCUGGCGGCCGCCGUCUGCGGCGGCCUCUGCCUCGGCCUCUACCUGCUCUCGGCGCUCUACGGCUGCUGCCGCCGCUACCAGGGGGAGCAGGAGGUGGCGUGAGCCGCCGCGCCGCGGGGCGGGGACCCUCCCGACACCGACGCCCCCGUCCUUCCUGCCGCCGCCGCCCCGCGCCCGUGCGCCCCGGCACCCACCCGUUGCCCCGCGCUCCCGCCGCCGCCCGCGCCCAGGCGCCCUGGCCCUCAGUUCCCGCCCGACGGCAGCGCCGCCGCCCACGCCGUUCGUUUCCAGGGACCCGGGCAAGGCCACGUCCGAGGAGGUGGCCCCCACGCUCAGCCUGGCCGCCCGAAGCGAAACCUCGCGGUUCCUCGUUCCCUUCCCUGCCGAGAGCGAGACGUGUACAGGCGCCGCGUAGAUCCGGGGGAGGCUCCCAAUUGGAACGAGCGUUUGGCUGCGCCACUGCCCCCUCCUUCCCUACCCCGCGGUCGGAAGAGCACCCCCGUUCCCUGGCCCCUCUUCCAGCCUCGAGUGCCGUGAAGGGCAGGCUCGCAGCCGCGGGCGGAGCUGGGGACAGGCCUCCACGGGUCCUGGGACGAGCGAAGAGUUUUCGUUUUCGUUUGGGAUUGUGUGAGCAUCCACCGCAGUCUGUGCUGUGACGUUGGGGUGGGGCCUGUCUGCAGAGGUGAGGUUGGAUUGGAAAGGCCCGCGGGCUGCACCUUUGCACCUUUGGAGUCUCCUCUCCCUCUGCCUGCUCAGCCUUUGUCCUCGCGGUUCUUGGAGGCCAGGCCCGAAUGCACACGACUUUCCCAGGCCUCACCUUACCAGCCUUCCUCUCAGGGGCUUCUACUCCACCACCCCCCACCUCCCAGUUUCUUUUUGCCUUAGGGAUCCCACAGGACCGUAAGGAAUGUCAGGGUGAGCCUCACCCCUUGCUCUUGGGAAAGCCGGAAUAAGAUUGGAACCCCGUUGCGGACCCCAUUGGAACCCUGUUUCCAGACUCCCAGUCCAGCAGUUUACAUUAGAGCAGUGGGUGUUCCCAGGAGCCCUGGCUCAGGAGCUAUCCUCUAAAAGGGGGCUUCACUGCCAAAUGGGUUUCCCAAAGGUACUGUCUCCUCUUGGAGAUUCACGAAGCUCGUUGGCAUAUCAAAGGUUCUGAGAAGUCCGGCUGUAAAAGAAGCCCAAGUAAUUUAGUUUACAGUGUUAACUGCCUCUGGACCUGGACCAAUUAGUUUUUGCCACCUAAGGCUUCCAAGCAUCCCUGUGCGGGCCUGGCUGUCAUUCAUUCCUAAGGGAUACAACCCACCGGCUACAGUAUGAUUGAAGAUCUGGGGUGCUCCUUUUAUUUACCAGGGAAUUUCUGUAGCUGAGGGAGGGCCUGGCCCAGUGAGGGAGAAGAUGGCUGUCCCUGCCAGGCCCCUGAGAGACCUGGGAACUGGUGGAUCUGAACAUUCCUCUACAUUGUUUGCAAAAUGAAGCCAAAGUCAUCCAGGUGGCUUCCAAGUCAAUUGGAACAUUACCUGUAAGAGAUGCUGACAUUGACUGUGACCAACUGGCAGGAGUGGGGCACAGUCACCAAAGAGAAGAAAACUCGGAAGCUGGGGUGAACAGCUGGCCCAGCCUCCGUAAGGUUUCCACGUUGCUGAGGCCGUGGAGGUUCCCAUAGCCGGUCAUACGGUCAUGCGACCUCUCCCCCCCGGGCUUGCUUCCCUGGGCAGGGGACGCCUUUCUGGCCUGGGCCAGCAGAGGGCUGCGGAGUGGGGAGAGCCAACGACGACCUCUGCCCAGCAGCUUUCCUCCAACACUAUCCAGUGGGAGAUCCGAGAUGAGUGAAGAUUCGUUUUACUGUAACACAAGAGAAAUCCUGAUUCUCCUUGUGCUGACUUACUUGGGCACGAGAUUCCAGACACCUGGAACUGAGCCGUGCACCUCUGUGCUCUAAACAGUGGGUUUUGGCUCCAGCUUUUUUCUUUUUCUCUUUUUUCAGAUCACCAUUUAAGCUGCGUAUUCAGCUCAGAACCAGCCCCCCCGAGGAUCUCUUCUUAGCCCCCCUGCUCACGGUGCUCUGUCUGUGGCCAGGUGACCUUACUCAGGAGUAGACAUCUCCUUGGCCUUCCUUCAUGCUACCUUAUCCAUCCAGAUGUGCCUGAAACAUUCCAGAGCUCACUGGCUCUUCUAGAUGUGCCUUCCUGCUUGGCCUCCAGCUGCCUCUCGAGAUGUGAGAAGGACCUGUAAAACGGCCCCCUCCCCCACCCCCACCCCCUCCUUCCCCUUGAGACCCUGUACCGUGGAAAGGGCUACCUGACCUGGCCCAGAAUUUUUGAAUACUGGAGGCAGUCUCAUUGGCCUCCCUCAUUAGACUCCAGGAUUCAGUCCAGCCCGAGACCACUGUGGGCUCCUACCAGUCCAAAAGACUAGGACCGCUUGCGGACCCAGGAAAGGAAUUUUCUAGUGUUCUACAAAGGCCAAUAGAGAGGGUGGGAGUGGGUGGGGUGAGGGCCGGUGGCGAGAGGGGACGAAUGUGCCUCAUUUAAUAGUUUAGUUGUGAUGACUAAUUUGCUUUUCUGAAUAAAGUUUGAUUUGUCUGA